UAGGAUGAGGUUUUUCAUUUUUGGUGCUUGCAUGACCAGCAGCCCACCACUCUUCCAUUCUCUGGUUCAGUUAUUCAACACACCUUUAAAUACCUUUACUUCAGUUCUCUGGUUCAUCUUCUUCAACACACCUUUAAAUAUCUUUCCCUUUAAAACACUUAAAAAAAUUGAAAAUUUUCACCUUCAAAAUCCAAACUUUCAUCAAUGGCAACCGCCUUACUUCUCGAACCUUCCGCUUUAACCACCACUAAACACCCUACUUUUCUCUCUCCUCAAUCCACCCCUCUUUUGCGUCCUUACCCAAUUCGAUUAACCUCAUUAGCCCCCUUUUCUUCCCCUUCUAUAAACCCUAAAUUUUCACCAAAACCCUUCAAAUUCACCCCCAAAUGCGACGCCAAAAACCCGAAUUCGCCCGAUUCCGAGCUGGGUAUCAAAGAGAAGACCCUAAAUUCAAUUGGGUUUGUUCUUGAUAAGAUUUCUGAGGCCUUAAAGGCGCUCAAGAAGCCUGCAAUUGCAGCUUUAUUAGUGGGUGCUUUGUUAAUGUAUGACCCAAAUUCUGCUUUUGCAGCUUCCGGUGGGAGAAUGGGAGGGCGAUCAUUUUCUUCAAGAUCGUCGAUGUCAGGAUCUCAGAGCUACUCUGUUCGGCCCUCAAGUCCUGGGUUUUCGCAAUCGGUACCGUAUUUCGCACCCUCGCCAUUUGGGGGUGCAGGGUUGUAUGUUGGGCCGGCGUUUGGGGUUGGAGCUGGUUCUAGUUUGUUUUUUAUUAUGAUGGGAUUUGCUGCAUUUAUUUUGGUUUCUGGGUUCCUUUCUGAUCGGUCUGAUGGUGGGGUUUUGACUGCUACUGAGAGAACUACUGUGAUCAAGCUUCAGGUUGGACUGUUGGGCAUGGCACGAUCGCUUCAAAGUGAUCUCAACCGGAUUGCUGAAGUUGCUGAUACAUCAACCCCAGAGGGUCUAAACUUUGUUUUAACAGAAACAAUGCUGGCCUUGCUUCGUCAUCCUGAUUAUUGCAUCUCAGCUUAUUCAUCUGUUGACAUCAAAAAGAGUAUCGAGGAGGGAGAAAAGAGGUUCAAUCAACUUUCCAUUGAGGAACGUGGUAAAUUUGAUGAAGAAACACUCGUAAAUGUGAAUAACUUAAAGAGGCAGAGCACCAAAAGCACGAGAGCCAGUGGAUAUAGCAACGAGUACAUAGUGAUUACCAUUUUGGUGGCUGCUGAAGGAGUAGUUAAAAUGCCUACCAUUAAUGGGAGCUUGGAUUUGAAAGAAGCCCUGCAAAAGCUUGGAUCCAUCCCGUCAAGUAAAACUAUGGCAGUGGAGGUUCUUUGGACUCCUCAGAAUGAAAAUGAUACAUUGUCAGAGAGAGAAUUACUUGAAGAUUACCCCCUCUUGAAGCCUCUAUGAGUAAUUGAGUACUGCUACUGCCCACAAUUUUCUUUUACCUGUACAUACCUUGAGGACUAUGAACUAUACUGAUAGGAUAUGUGUCUUAUACUGACUGAUUGGAGUGUUGAACAUUUUUUUUCUUUCUUUUUUUUUUUUUUCCCUUUUUCAGGUGACGCUUCUUUUACAUCGUUUUUCUUUCCAUUAUACUGUAGGUUAUAUAACCUAUAAGCGUUUGUAAGUAUACACUAAUACAUAAUCUCUUUGAGCUCCAGAAACUCUGAAUUCAACGUAAAUAGCAGAUAUGGUUACUUUUCAUGGACAAAGUUGAAAACAAAUGGUGUACAGAAUACUACAAAGCACGAGUAAUACAGUAAGGUAAGGUAAGAAACUUUAGAUGAGAAUAGUGGUGUUUUGGAGGGCAGGGUAAACAGCUGGACUGAAAAUUAGAUAAUACACCCGGGU